UAAAGCUUACAUUAGUAUUCGAUUUGUUUCUUUGGAACAGGAAGAUGUGCGAGGGUUUUGCGAUAAUAAAUAUUCUCGUAAAGCUAUCAAUCCAAGAACAGGAAGUUUGUUACAUAAACAUCAAAGCAUAGCCUCUGUCUGCUCGAACCUUCUUAGUAGUGUUUGCGAAACUAACACGCCAGCAUCAUGAACAGAAAAGCGAACACUUCGGAACUGACCCUUUAUGGUCGAGGAAGGAUCAAUGGAGAUAAUAUUUCCCAGCAUGGACAAGAAGAGGAAGGCGAAAAACCUAUGGAAACUGAUACAGUCUGUCAAGAGGGCCCUAAUCUGUCAAAUAAUAGGCAAAUUGCUCAACAAAAUGAUAAGAAUGUUGGAAGUAAUUCUAAUCCGCAAAAUACUGGACAGCCUACUAGAACAGAACAAAAAAGUUAUAUUGACCGAGCAAUUUUAAACGAGUUUGAUCCGGUUCAACCAGACCAUCGUGACCAUGACCACCAUGGUCAUCAUUGUCACCAUGGUAACCAUCACCAACACGGACAGCAUGGCCACCCUGGCGACAAUGACCCUCAUGGCCUGUUUACCAACCAAGGACAGCAAAGCAUGGCGAUGAAACAGAUGCAGCGGGCCGCAGAAGCGAGCAAGCAGAUGUUAUAUGGUGUAUACGGAAAUGUUGUAUCCAUACUGGAAGAGUACGAGGCAAGGACGCAAAAGAUGAAUGCUGAAAGAUCGAAAAUAGAAUUACCUGACCAGUCCCGAAAAACAGUCGAAGAUGUUCAAAGCAUUGUUCAGACGCAGCUGCUGUUGUUUGAAACUCAGCAAAGAGCAUGUCCAAAGGAUGUAAGCGCGAGUGUCAGCAAGGAACUGAGAAAGAAGACGAUUCACUGGGCGGCUGUUCGGGCAGAACAUAAUAUGGAAGUCUGUGACACUGACAAAUACAUCUGUCAACUUUACGAAGUUCUGGUGAAGGGGAAGACUAAACAUGAAAUUCUUGAUAGACUCAGGGAUCCCGUCUCCCCCGAGACCAUCAGGGACAAUUUUCAGCAUAUCCUGAAAGGGAAACACGAUGCAUCGGAGAUUGACAAGCAAUUCAAAACAGAUGACACGAAGAAGGCGGUUAGCCCACAAACACGCCGUUCUGAGCAGGACGAUGCCCUUCGAUUGGGUGCAACUCGAAUGUCGCAAAUCAUGCCUGAACUUGUAGAGGUUCUUGACGAUGAUCUGGAGGAAUUCGGGGCCGAUGGGCCACAGACAACCAGCGAACUAAGAUAAUCUUCAAGAUUUACAUUUCAUUUGUGCCAUUACUUAACUAAAUGAAUCCAUUAGUAAGUUUAAGGUAUAAUUGACACAUUUUCAAAUGGCAGAAGUAUUUCGUAUAUUGGUGAAUUAUCCGAUACGCUAAAUAAUCUAAUACAUGCAUAUAAUGUUAUGUGUUGUUCUUCUUUUCAACACAAAAUACAUUUAUAUAUAACCUUCAUAGACACAUAGGACACAACAUUCUGAGAAAGAAAAACAAUGUAUCCACUUCGUAGAUAAAUUAUUAUUAUAAACUAUGUAAUAAUGUUUUACAAAAUAUUGUUUUUAACAUAACGUUCACUGUAUGAUAAAACAUCAUGGACAUUAGAGUAUGUUACUGGAAAUGUAAACAAAUAUAAUGAAUUAUAAUUUCGCUAGCCCUUGAAGUAUUCUUUAAACAUUUACACAUUAAAUCGAUAUACAUGGAUUGUUUUACAAACUAUCUGAAAAGGCGUUAAUGAUGGGAUUUGGGCAUGCUUAUUGUUCGUAUUGUUAUUUUAUUUGUGAAUAUCUUUUGCUAAUAAUACUUUAUUGUUGUCCUUUGCUCCAAUUUUUUUUAUUUUAUUAAAAUAAUACUCUUGAUAUAUACUCAGCGACACUGUAUUGGGUAGUUUAAUAUAUGUACACUUUUGAAUAGUAU